AUGACGGCAGCGGCGAUGGAUCAAUGGCUGAGAGACGGUGGCAAAUCAGCGGUUGAGGGCGAGGAACGACGGUGGCAGCGGUCUAGGUCAAAUGUAAUUCAAAUAAUCAUUAAAGAGGUCAGAAAUGUAACUGAUUCUGCAUCUUUAAGUGUUGCGGACUAUCCAGUCGGAACAGACAUCCGUGCUGAAAACCUCAUUCGGGAGCUAAAGUUGGGGUCAAAUGAUGUUCGAAUUGUUGCAAUAUGGGGGAUGGGCGGAUUAGGCAAGACUGCAACUGCUAAAGCUGUGUAUAAUCUUAUACGUCGUAACUUUGACUGCAGUUGCUUUCUGUCAAAUGUUAGAGCAACUUGGAAGCAAUAUAACGGCCCUGUUAAAUUACAAGAAAAGCUUCUGUCAGAUAUUCUACUCGAUAAAAAGUUAAGCGUGGGAGAUUCUGAUCAUGGAAUUGUGCUAAUAAAACAGCGAGCAUGGUGUCGAAGGGUUCUUCUUAUCCUCGAUGACGUGGAUGAUGGGGAGCAAUUGAAGACAUUGGCCAUAAAUCCUGACUCGCUAUGUCCUGGAAGUAGGAUCAUUAUAACAACUAGGAAUUUGUCUUCGAUAAGCUCGCUUGGACUUCAAGAGAAUGAGGUGUUCACACCCAUGGAGUUGGAUGGGGAGGAGUCUCUUAAACUCUUCAGUUGGCAUGCCUUCAAGAAUAAAGGUCCUUUAGACGACUACGCAAUGCUCUCAGCAGAAGUGGUGGGUUAUGCUAAGGGGAUUCCUUUAGUUCUUGAAGUUUUAGGUUCCUUCUUUACGGACAAAACCAAAUCUGAAUGGAUUAGUGAUUUGAAGAAGUUGAAGGAAAUUCCUCACGAUGAUGUCCAAGGAAAACUUAAGCUAAGCUAUGAUUCACUCAAUGGUGAACAGCAGGGCUUAUUCUUAGAUAUUGCAUGUUUUUUUGUUGGCACGAACAAAGAUUUGGCAAUCAAAAUACUAGAAGGCCGUGGUUUCUACCCAGAAUCUAAUAUUGGAGUUCUAGUUCGUCGUGCUCUUUUACGAGUUGAUUCAGAUAACCGGUUGAUAAUGCAUGACCGGAUUCGGGAUAUGGGUAGAGAAAUUGUCCGCCAAGAAUCUGUUCAAGAGCCUGGUGAACGUACCAGACUGUGGAAUGAAAAGGAUGUUCUUGAUGUUCUGCAAAAUGACAGAGGAACGGAAACAGUUGAAGGGUUGCUCCUAAACUUGCAAAGAUCAAAUGAGCCAUCGUUGAAUGCGAAGGCAUUUGCAAAGAUGAGCAGACUCAGACUGCUUCAUCUCAAUUAUGUCCGCCUAUUUGGGAGCCACAAACAUCUCUCCAGAAGACUAGUAUGGCUGUGUUGGAAAGGUUUUCCUUGGUAUUGCAUACCAUCCACUCUGUGUAUGGAUUACAUGGUCGCUCUUGACUUGAGUAAUAGCAGCCUCAUAAAAGUUUGGAGAAAAACUAAGGCUCUGGAUAAAUUGAAAUACCUCAAUCUCAGUCAUUCCUCUUUGCUGACAAAAACCCCGGACUUCACUGGACUCGCCAGUCUUGAAGUAUUGUUGCUUAAUGAUUGUACAAAGUUGCUAGAUGUUCACCAUUCUAUCGGAUGUCUACAAAAUCUUCUUGUCUUGAAUAUGCAGAACUGCCAAAAUCUUCACAAGCUUCCGCAAAGCAUAUUCAUGCUGAAAUCUCUCAUCUAUCUUGAUCUCUCUGGCUGCUUCAAAUUAGGGGAGCCAGCACAUUCAUGCUAUUCCAUCGUCCGGUCUUUGGUAUCACUAGCAGGAAGUCCGGAGUUCAAUGGGAUGUUGCCAGCUUCUAUUCAGGGAUUAAGUUCUAUUUCAAAACUAUAUCUUGAAGACUGCAAUGUAUCUGAUGUACCCAACGAAAUUGGUAGUUUGGUCUCCCUGCAAUUUUUGAAUCUUAGCAGAAACGAUUUUGCUAGCCUACCAGCUAGCAUUACCGGCCUUGCUCAACUGAAGGUCCUCUAUCUAAACCAAUGUACUGGACUUCAAUCACUUCCAGGCCUUCCAAUAAAGUUAAAGGGAUUGAGUGCAAACUACUGCAGAUCAUUGGAAAGGAUAUCAAUCGAAUCAAAAGUGGAUGAAGCCCCAUUUAUGACUUUUUAUGGCUGCCCCAAAUUAGUGGGUAACUUUGCAAAUGAUUUUAGAAAAAUUCUACUCCAGUACCUGGGACUUCCAGAACAAGGUGAUUUUAGUAUUUUCCUUCCUGGAAGUGAGGUUCCAAACUGGUGCAACUUCCAGUGUCUGGGAUCAUUUUUAUCUUUCCUGGUGCCUCCGCUGGUAGAUAGGAAGAUACAUGGGUGGAUUUUAUGUGUUGUCUUUGCUGGCUGUUGCCACAAUGAUGAAGACAAAAACGAUGAUAUGUUUGCUAUUUCUUGUGGUAUUUACAAUAAAACUAUGGGCACUAAGAAGCGUUACCAACCAACAGUUGAUGGCUAUCCUGUGAGGUGUGAAGAUCAGAUGUGGCUCAACUAUAUGCCGCACCGGUAUCUUGAAUCUGAGUGGACGGAACUUGACUCUCGAUUGGGAGCUGGUGAUACAGUGGAGAUGACAAUAAGAAUAGACAAGCGAUGGCAGGUGAAGAAGUGCGGGGUUAGUCUCAUCUAUGAGGGCGGCAAUGAGGAGGGUGCCGAGUCAUUUGGUCAACCACACAUCCAGGACACCUUGCCUUCCAAUGAUCAACCAGAGGGAAUGGCCUCGCUCACAAGGCGUGUAUCUGAUGAAACAUUUCUUCGCGAGAUUGGAGUGUUAAAAUCCAAGAAGAGGGACUAG